UUUUCACAUGACAUCGCAUGGCGACAUCAGACAGGAGCAUGUGAUGAAGUGGCCUACAUCCCCCAGAGGCCCCUACGCUCUAGCAACUAUCCGUUAGCGAUCGAGAUCGCGACACGGAGACCUUUUGCUUUCUAUUUCUGGUUAGACAUGUCUUAUUCGGUUUUGAGAAAACCUAGGAUAAAUCGGGAGAAACUGGGUAAUGAUGAUCAUGAUGAACGUGGGGCAAAAGGUAAAGGUGGGUUCGGGACGCAAAAGGUCAAAGUCAAAGGUACAGGUCUGAGGAAAGGUAUAACUACAGCUGCGGAUAUCAGUACAACUACAUGUAAAGAGGUAGGUAAAAGCAUAGAUACAAGUACAGCUAAGGGCAACACGACUGUCUUGCGAAGAUGUGCUGCCACCCAUCAAAGAUCUACUCUGCAGAAGUCAGCACAAAAAACAACUUACAGUUAUGGUGCAUAUUCUGUAACUGUACCAGACCAGAAGAAGCGGAGUAAUUUACAAAAAAAAGCAUCUGCAGAGUUGGCUACAUUGGAAAAGUUGAAACGUCAGAAUAUUGGUCACGUUUCUAUCACUCCAAGAGCAGUUGGAGGAACACUAACUCAGGAAGAAGUUAGAAGAAGACAGCAACAGAACUUCGGUAAAGCAGAAAUUGCACAGCCUGAAAUAAGUGGACAGCAAAGCCCAAAGAAAGAAACCUGAACUAAAUCAAUGGAUCUUACAUAACGGCAGCAAGAAACACCAUGCAGUGUAUGAAUAGAAUCUGAAAACUAAUCAACGUGAGGGCAUAAUCAUUGAUGUGGCAGUGUAGUGUUUCUUUAUCCAGCUACUUUGAAGAUUCCCUAAUCUCCUUGUGACAGGAAGAAUAAGAAUUUGAAUUUAUAUCGACCCUUUGUCAUUUUCUUACCACUGGCUUUCAGGAAGAAGUUGCUGAAGCUGUUUGCAUUGGUUGUUGCAUUGCUGCCUGAAGGAACAACACUUCCCUUGUUUUCCAUAUAAAGCAGUGUAUCCUGUUUUGCUCAGUAGUUUGUGUAAUCAGUUUGAAGCUUGAGGAAAAUGUGCUUUUAACCUUGAACCAUGUUGUGACCAAGAUUCCUAAAACUAUAUCUUUUAAUGUGGGUUUCAUAUUUUUAAAACAAAACCUAUUUUCAUGUUUGUACUUCCCAGGAAGCUGACUGAGCACUCUAUCUUGGCAAACAGACUAAGCAAAAUAUUUUUAUACAUAUGCAAAAUAAUUUCUUCAAUACAAAAUUACCCUUCACACAAACUCACCACCAAAGACUAACUGCUAGCAAAGUAAACUGAUCAAUCAAAAUUUUGUUGUUGCACUGCAACCUCUUUUUCAUUAUAAAUGGGAAUAUUAUUUAUAUACUUCAGUUUUUGUUUCCCUUUGUUCUGCACUUUGAAGUUUUCUUGGACACACCUUUUUAUAUAUAAUGUAUCUUGUAACCUAUUAAAGUGGUCUGAUUAAAUGUGAAUCUUCUUGAUGCAAAUCCUGUUCAUACAUAUACAAAAUGUCAUUUAAGAAAAUGUUAAAUGUUAAUGUGAGCUGCAAGAAGAUAUUAAUGCGCGUAAUUUUGUAACAAAAAAGCUUUCUAUUAUAGAAAUGCUGUUUAUAAAUGUAUCAUUUUUAAAAUUGCUAUUUCCAAAGGCAAAUUGAGAUCUUUGACAUUGGCUCACUUUCUUUCCCCAAGUUGUAGAUCUGCAUCUUACAAUAAUCGUGUUGUUCAAUCAGAGUCAAAUAGAAAACUUGAGUCAAGACUAUUAAAAGUUACAGCAUAAAAAUUGUGAAGCAAGCAACCUUUUGAAACUAAAAUGAAGUGAUAGUUUCAAACUGCACCAAAAAAACCCUAAUAUCAGAUUGAAAAUAAGUUAUAAAUACAUUAGGCCAAUGGAUAAACUGCAUUUAUUUGAAAUCUGAAACACAUCGAGAAUACUUUCUAUUUUUGAUUUGUACUGAAAUUUUGGUAAUGCUAUAAUAUCAUCUGCCAGACUCCAUUGUGAAUUGGGUGUUUGUAAAUGCUUAAUACUCGGACACUUGAUUUAAAACCCUGUUCAUUUUGGCUCUGGUGUCCAUUUGAUAGUAUAGAUUACAAAAUUAUUGUAAUCCACCUUUCUUAAAUUGAAUUAUUAAUCUUGACAGCACUGCUGACUGUAAGAGAAUUAGAAUGUUGCCUGUCUUGACGAAGAAUGUAGAUUUCCUCGGAAAACAUCUGUGAAACAAGUUUCACUGCAUAGAAUUAUAUUUUAAAUGUUUUUCAAAAGCUUGGUAAGUGAUACUGUGGAAGAUUUCUUUUAUACAUUCUUGAUGUUUAAAUUAUUCAACAGAUUUAACCUAUUUCUAAAUAAAUGCAACUGUUAGGGGAGUCCUUUUGAAAUAACUAAGUGAAUGGAUUGUUGGGUAGAAUACCCCAAGUACCUUCACAGUAGAGAUGGGCUGUCAUUUGUAGCUUAUCAAACAGUGAUUUGAUAAACUUUGAAAGCAAUGGAUAGAAAAUAACCAUUCCACUUCAAUACUAUGCUCUUAAAAACAAUGAGAGUAAUGUUACAGUGAUAUGUAAAACUCAAUUUCAAAUACUACCCAACUUCACUUUGGCUGUUGGUGAUGGUAAUUAACAUCCAAUUGACAACGUACUUUUAGUAUCUUGCUGCAGGAAUGGACUUGCACUGAAUUGCAGUAAAACUAUGGAAUCACCGAAUAUGUUAUCCCACAAGAAACUGGAUUUAUCUAACACUUUUCCAGUUUAAUAAAAUAGUGCCAAGGUCCUUCACAGGAGUAUUAUAAAUGAAAAUGUAACACCAAGUCAUGUGAAGCGGUAUCAGGGCAGAUGACCAAAAUCCUGUCACAGAUAUAGAUUUUAAGGAGUAUCUUAAAGAAGGAAAGAGAAAUGGAGAGCAACAACUAAUUGAGCAAUUAAAAUGAGGAACGCUUCAGAAUUAGAGAAGCAUCAAUAUCUCUGUGGGUUGUGUGGCUGGAGGAGAAUACAGAGGUAGUGACAGUUAAGGCUGUAAAUGGAUUGCAAAAUUCUCAUCUUUGUUUUAGAUUACCCUUUACGUUAUUUUUGGAUAAUUUCCAGCUGUGCUUCAGAGCCUGUCUGCUUGGUAGUGCAUUGAGGAUAAAGAUUUUAAAAAACUUAUGGAAAUUAAUUUUGCAAUCUGCCCUGCCUGGGGUAAUUCUCCAUACCAAGCAUGGAGGCUUGUAAAAUUAUUCUGAAGUUUGGCACAAUUCUCUUGUGAAUGAAUGUUAUAAGCUACACUUGCUGUAUCUAAAGCCUUUGUUGAUUUAAUUGUAUACAAAUGACAAUUUUCUUUUACAGUCUAUGGUGCAACAUAGGGGCUUGAGGUGAAGUGGACUCAUUUAUCUGUUUGCUUAAAAACUAAGAAGACAAAAAUGCUUUUUAAACCUUAAUCUUUCUUGUUUUAGUGCACAGGAGUGAGUUGUAGUUGAGGAUACCCAAGGUCUAAGCAUGUAAAACUAGUAAACUCUGCACAAGAGUUGAAGAGGAGGUUGCAAUUUUCAAAUUCCUCAAACAUUUGUAAUGCUUCCAAUUGUCACAGUUUUAUCUUAAGGCUGUAGUACUUCCAUUGUGCUAUUGGAAGUGUAUCCCUGCCAAUCAAAGUUGUGCUAUUUUGCCUCUUAAGAAGAAAGAUUACCUCAACUUUCCCAUUUUUAUUCCCCUCCCAGACGGUAUUCCCAUAUCUUACCGUUUGAGCAUAAGACACAAUUAGCAGAAAUCUACUGGUUCAAUGCCAGUGACACAUCGUUAAUAGUGAUAUGAGUUGCUAACAUUUUUUUGUUCUAAAUUCUAGCCUAGCUCUUCUAUUCCAGCAUAAAAUUAGGCUGUAUGUGCAUCUUUGAAUAUUUUUUUCACAAAGUUAUAGAUAAAAUUCUGUGUCAAA